AUGAAACGCAAAGAUCUGGAGAAGAAGUACAAUUAUUUGAAGCCAGGAGGCCAUAACGUGCCGAAAGGUUGUAAAGCACUGAAUCGGGUGGCAGUCAUCGUUCCUUUUCGCGACAGAGAAUCUCAUCUCCGAAUCCUUCUGAACAAUAUGCAUAGGUUUCUUACAAAACAAAAAUUGGAUUAUGCUAUUAUAGUGGUUGAACAAGUGGCCAAUCAGACAUUCAACAGAGCAAAGUUGCCCAAUGUUGGUUUUAUGGAAGCAAAAAAAUUGUAUGAAUGGGAAUGUUAUGUGUUCCAUGAUGUGGAUCUACUACCGGAGGAUGAUCGGAAUUUGCACACCUGUCCUUCAAACAAUCCACGACACUUGGCGGUGGCUAUGAACAAAUUUGGUUACAAACUCUUCUACGAAGGUAUGUUUGGGACGAGUGCUGCCUUCACUGUCGAGCAAUUUGAAAAGACUAAUGGAUUCUCAAAUCGAUACUGGGGAUGGGGUGGUGAAGACGACGACAUAGUGCACUUGGCUGGGUAUAAAGUUGAUCGCUAUAAUGAAACCAUCGCACGGUACACAAUGAUCAAGCAUGGAGGAGAGCAAGGCAAUCCUAAAAAC